AUGAACAGAUUUGACGAUAAGAGGCCAUUAUUUGCUGGAACGUUUUUAAAAUCUUUGAUUUCCUCUCCAAUAAAUAAAUAUAAAAAUGAUUUGGGCUUUGAAUUGGAUAUUUCAUACAUUUUACCAAAUUUGAUUGUUUGUUCAUAUCCAGUGGUUAAAUAUCCCAAACUGAUUUAUAGAAACAACUUAAUGGAUCUAAUUGAGUUCAUGAAUGUAAACCAUGGUCCAAAAAAUUGGAAAUUAUACAACUUUAAAGUUGAAAAGAGCGUUUUAGAUUAUUCUGACAAAGAGUUUUACUACCUAACAUCAAAACAUACCAACACGCUUGAUCCAUUAAAUUACCAGACGAUGGAAAAUGUAGCCUCAACCGUUCACGAUUUUUCAGGCAAAUUUCCAAAGCGUAUUGGAUGGCUAGACCAUUCAUCUCCACCAUUUUAUCUACUUCAAGAAAUCAUUGACGAUAUACACAGAUAUCUAAUGAGAAACGAUAAAAAUGUGGCAAUUUUACAUUGUAAAAUGGGUAAAGGCAGAUGCGGAACCAUAUCUGUUGCAUAUAUGAUGAAAUAUUCGCACUACUCAGUCGAAGAUAGUUGUAGAAAUUUUAUGAAUAGUAGAUUUAAACCUGGAGUGAGCAAAGGUGUGACAAUUAGGUCGCAAUUGCGAUACUUGAAAUAUCACGAGCUGUUCUUAUCUCUAGACGCAGCAGCGCAGAAAGAAGUCUUGAGAUUCAAUAAACAUCGAUAUGAAAUUUUGAGUAUUCAUUUUGUCUCUCCAUUCUUUGAGUUACUUCCCAAAUCGUAUUGUCCCAAGAUAAAAUUCAAAUGUUACAAUAAAAAUAGAGAUGGAUUGAUUGAAAUGCUUAAUUUUAAUAUCAAUGAUUUACUAUCUCGAAAUAUCAAUCAUUCUGAAAAUGCUAUUAUCGAAUACAAUGAUGAUAUUAAAUUAGAAUUCGGUAUACUUUUAAUCGAUAGUAAAAUCACCAAGAUUGUUGGAAAAGAAGUUGUAUAUGCUAAAUGCUGGCUGAAUUUUUACCUCGAAUUUAUGCGUUUCAUUGAAAAAGAGGACUCUCAUUGUGAAGAUAAGCGUAACUACCAAAUAAAUUUAUCAUGGGAUAAAUUAGAUGGCCCAAUGGGUGGUCCAUAUAAAGGAAUAAAGGUAUUUGAUACAGUUCAAAUUGUUGUACGCAAGCUAUGA